UUGCUUCAGCCAAUGGUAGCAUUUGUUGUCGUUCCGUGGUCGAACUUGGAUCUUCGGUCAGCGUUUCGGGCGAGUUUGCUAAUUUUUCUCGUCUUCAUGUGCAUAUCAGUUCUCUUGCGCAACGGGUUGUUUCUAUCCGCGCAAUAAUAAGGCAGCUAGAAACCCGGAGCGAUCUCGUUGUAAUGUACCUGCAAGACCUGGCAGAUUUCGCAUCCAUGCAUAAAGAAAGCGGCAACGACGUCGACUACGAUGACAACAGCAUCGACUGCGACGACUUACUCGAUCACGACGAUAGGGAUUCGGACGAAGACACCGAAGAUGCAAGCGAGACGGACAUGGUCAAGCAGCGCGAAGAGGAGUGCACCGAAAUCAAGGAACAAAUGUACAGGGACAAGCUCGCCAUGCUGAAGAAACAGCUAACACAGCUCAAGGAGGAAACGCACCCCGAGUACCUCAAACGCUUGCGCAAGAUUGAGCAACUCUACCAAGAGCGGCUUUUCCUGAACGAGGUGUUCCAGUCUCACGAGGUUGAGCGCGUGGAGCGAGAAUACACGCAUGAGAAGAAAGCAGCUGUUCGGGAAUUUGAAGAGAAGAAGAUAGACCUGCGUGAAUCGCUCAUAAUGGAUCUGGAAGAGAAACGGCGUGCGAUAGAAGCGGAGAGGAGCACCGUCGAGCUCACUGGAGAAAAAAGAACCUCCUGGCGUUGCUAUGGGGAAUGGCGUUCCAGCUUGCCGUGGUGCGCAGAUUCCAUGGAGGUGAAAUCUGUGACAACGAGAAAACUACGCAGAAGACCUAACGAUCCGCUUCCAAUGCCUGAAAAGAGGCGAAAGACUUCACCUACUCAGCUUAACUUCCUCUUGUACGAUGGUGAAAUAGUUGACGACCUAAAGAUUUUAAGCAAGGGAAAGGCUCCAUCGCUUAGCAAGAGACUGGAUUGUGAAGAAUACGGAAACAUGGACCACGGCUCACACGCGAUUGAAGCCCGAAUAGAGGACGGCAAACUGUUUUACGAGCGGAAAUGCUAUCAAAGGGGCCAAUCCGUUUGCGUGGAUUCGAAAGAUAUGGGCCGUUUCUUCGGUGUCAUCUCAGGGGUGGGCACGUCAGAAUUUUGGGUGAAGAAAACAAGCGACAGCGGCAAGGUCAAGAUUCAUCUGUCUCAGCUUCUGAAAGGAAAGGUCAUCUUGCGAAGGAAGUCUGCAUGCUGACAUCAUGUGUAGGUGCAGACGGAACUUCAUGUACAUAGCACAUAUGUUUACCUAUUUCAAAAAAUAAAACACCAGUGUACAUUGCCAUUUUAAGAAA